AUGACACUCCUACCACCACCAACAACGUCAACAACCCAAAUCCCCCAACAUGUAACCGCCCUCCUCUCGCACCUCACCUCCCGCCCCGGCGUCCAAUCCACCUUCAUCCUCUCCCGCAAAGACGGCUCCAUAAUCCAGAGUACCGGGCUGUAUGCGAAACCGCCAUCUCCUUCUCCAUCGAGUGCAGCUGCGGCGCAGCAAUCACCGCGCACCGAGACCAUCUCCGCACCUGUAGACGGAACCGAGACCGAGACCGAACCGCAGACUGAAACUGAAGCUGGAACUGAGCCUGCGCCCACCGAGACGGAUGCUGCUCAACCCCCGAUUACGAAACAGCCACAGCAGCAACAACAACAACAACAACAGUCUAAAGAAGGAGGGGCAACGCAACCGUAUCAGCCGUCGCAGGGCGAGGCUCUAGCGGCGCAUAUCUUUGCGUUUGUGGCUAGUGCGUCGGAACUUAGUCUUGCGUUGUCGGGGGCGGAGGAUGAUGGGGAUGGGGAUGGAGUUGUUAGACAGGUGGAUGGUGGGGUUUCUGGGGAUGGAGGGAGUGGUGCUGGUUCUGGUUCUGGUGCUGGGGAGAAGGAGGAGGGCGAUGAUGAGGUCAAGUUGUUGCGGUUGAGGACGAAGAGGCAUGAGAUUGUUGUCGUGCCGGAUAGGAAGUUUUUGCUUUGUGUGGUGCAUGAUGCGCAUCAUGGGGGUGUUGGGGCUGGUGCGAGUGGGGGUGUGGCUGGGGUGAGGAGGUAA